AUGUCUGGAACACAGGUCUGGCUCAGAGCAGAGACCAAGCCCGCCGAGGCGCGGUCAGCACUCACCCCCACCACAGCCAAGGCUCUUUUGGACGCAGGAUACGACGUGACGGUGGAGCGAUCAAGUCAGAGUAUUUUCAAUGACGACGAGUUCGCUGCCAUUGGCGCACGACUCGUUGACGAAGGUUCAUGGGUUAAAGAUGCCCCCAAAAACACAUACAUCCUAGGACUCAAGGAACUUCCCGAGGACGAAUUUCCCUUGGAGCACGUUCACAUUUCCUUCGCCCAUUGUUACAAGAAGCAGGCCGGCUGGGAGACCGUCCUCAGCCGGUGGCCUCGUGGAGGUGGUGUCUUGCUAGACCUAGAGUUCUUGACCGAUGAGGUCGGACGACGAGUAGCUGCUUUUGGCUACUCUGCUGGAUACGCCGGUUCUGCAUUGGCUAUUAAAACUUGGGCGUGGCAGUUGACCGAGGGCAAGGGACAGCCACUCCCCAGCGAAAAGCCCUAUCCUAACGAGGCUUCUCUCAUUGAAUCUGUUAAGAAAGUGCUGGAAACCGGAAAGCAAAAGGCUGGCCGCUCUCCCAAGGUACUCGUCAUUGGAGCUCUUGGACGAUGUGGCAGCGGUGCCGUGCAAUUCGCAAAGGACGUCGGUAUUCCUGACAGUGACAUCAUUAAGUGGGAUUUGGAAGAGACUAAGAAAGGUGGCCCCUUCAAGGAAAUUGUCCAAGAUGCGGAUAUAUUCAUCAACUGCAUCUAUUUGUCUGCAAAGAUUCCGCCUUUUAUCAAUUCAGAGUCUCUCGCUUCUCCAGAUCGUACCCUUUCCGUGGUGUGCGACGUUAGCGCAGAUACAACGAACCCUAACAAUCCGGUCCCCAUCUACGACAUCACCACGACCUUUGACAAGCCUACGGUGCCGGUAAACAUCCCUGUCGGCAAUGCAGCACUGCCACUGGACGUUAUCAGCAUUGAUCACCUGCCCUCGCUUCUUCCCCGCGAAAGCUCCGAGAUGUUCAGCGAAGCAUUGCUGCCUAGUCUGCUGCAGCUCAAGGACAGGAGGGAUGCGCGUGUGUGGAAGCAGGCAGAAGAUCUGUUCCAGCAACACGUCGCCACCCUCCCAGAGAAUCUGAGAGGUUGA